CUCUAUCCUUCCUAACCAAUUGACUGACAUUUGUCAUAAGUCUAACAUUUUUUUAUCCUAAUUAACGAUUAUUUAUAAAUAUAAAAUAUAAUUUUAAAGUUUCCUAAAACAAAAGACUAGAUUGUAAAUAAAAAACUCAUAUUUAUUUUAUCAAGUUGAUUUUUAAAUAUUUAAUACUAAAAAAUAGCGAUAAGUAAGGGCAGGUUCACGCAGAUUUUUGCAAUUGUGCUGACGAAAAAGGAUUGAAAUUUUGUUCAAAUCGCCCAUCUAGCCUACGUAACAUUUAUCAUACAUGAAAAUAAGGAUUUGAAUCAGCGAAAUUUAUUAAAUCAAUAUUGACAUCUAAAAAUUACUGAGAUUUCUCCGAAAUCACAAGAAUGGAAGACAUGCAAGAAGAGCCACAAUUUGUCGUCGAUGAUGUCAGUAAAAUAAUAAAAGAAGCUAUCGAAGUAUCCAUAGGCGGCGAUGCCUAUCAACAAAACAAAGUCGCCCAGUGGACCUCUCACGUCGUGGAAAGUUGUCUAGGAAGUCUCACUAAAUUACAAAAACCCUACAAAUAUAUCGUGACGUGUACAAUAAUGCAAAAAAAUGGAGCCGGAUUACAUACCGCGAGUUCGUGUUUUUGGGACAACACAACCGAUGGCAGUUGCACAGUCAGAUGGGAAAAUAAAACCAUGUACUGCAUAGUGUCUGUUUUCGGUCUGGCAAUCUAG